GCUGUCGCCAGGUCUCAUUUCUCUCCCUCACUGAGUCACCGCGCUCGGGUCGUCCUCCGGCGCGACGUCCUCCGCUGGGCCGCCCUCUGCCCGUCGCCCUCCUCCGCUGCACGCCAUUCUCCGCCGCGCCUUCCUCCGGCCGUCGCCCUCCUCUGGCCUUGACUGCGCGUCGCUCUCCUCCGGCCGGCCGUCCUCUGCUGCGCCCUCAUCCGCCGCUCGGCAUCCUCCGCCACCCCCUCGUCCGGCCGUCGCCCUCCUCCGCCCGUCGAUCCCCGUCUAUCCCGCCGGUCGCUGUCCGUCCCGCCAGGUCGCUGUUCAGCUCCUGCCACACAGCCAGCCUUCUUCCUCUCUUCCGGUUAGUGCAAAGAAUGUGGUGGAACAGGUGAGCCGAACAUUGAACCACAGGAUGUGUCUAAUCCAACCAAACAGCAUCUCCUCCAUGCAAUCUUUUGCUACAGGCAACCAAACACCAUCUAACCAUAUCUGGGCUCAUUCAAUACAGGCAACCAAACAAGUGCAUCUGUAUGUCUAGAGACAGGCCAAACUCAGCCUGGAUAAGAGAGAUGAGCCAUGCCUGAGGGAUACGGGCGACCAAACAGGCCCUCAGGAGCUGGGACAAAGUAAAAAUGAAGAAGGACAGUAAUUGCAGUGAUGACAUGCGAAAUGAUGCGACGUAGAGCAAAAGAAGGAUGAGAAGAGAAGGUGCCGUGACGGUAUGAAGAAGAAUGCGCCAAAUGAUGCUGGCGAAGGGGAGGAGACGUCAAACCGUGAUAAGAGAAGGAACAGGAAGGCUGGAAGUGAUGCCGAGGAAAGGGAGAAGAAGAUGUUUAAUGGUGGCAAUAAGGCUAAGAGUAGGAAGGUGUCCAGCCCAUUCUUUGAAAAGGAGAGGAAAAAGAAAAUGUUGGGCAUGAGCAGCCACCAGAAUGGUGAGCAGAAGAAGAGUAACGAUGACAGUGAUAAGAAGAGGACAGUGCCAAAAGUGCGACAUAAUGACAUUAUGGAGAUGACAAUUAAGGAAAAGAAGCAGGAUGUAUCAUUUGUUCAACCUGAGGAGAGAACAUCUCAGACAUUUAGCACUAAUAACAAGGGAAAGAAGAGAAAGGCACUGUCCACACUGUUUAAGAGGGAGCAGAAGAUGCGGGAGGCUAGCAGUGACGAUAAAAAGGAGACAAAGAAGACUCGUAUUGUUGCUAAAGGAAAUGAUAGAAAGGUUUGUAGUGAUGGCAAGAAGAAAAAAAGGAAAGCAUCAUUCACAUUCUUGAAAUUCAUGUGCAACAAAUUCAAGGAAUUACUGUUCAUACCUCCAGCAGUCGCAUCCAGCUUCAAGGAUUUAAUUAAUCAUCAUGUAUAUCUUGAAGACUCAGAGGGGAUGUCUUCAAAGAUCAAGCUGUCGGUGGUGGAUGGUUCCCUAGCAUUUUAUGAGGGAUGGAACAAGUUCGUUUCAGAACAUUUUAUUACUUGGGGUGACUUUUUAUUAUUUGAGUACACAGCAGAAUCAACAUUUUCUGUGCGUGUGUUUGGUAAAGAUUCUUGUGAAAGAUUACAUUUCAAUGUCAAAAGCGGAAGAAAAGGUACCAUGAAGAAAAGGAAUGAAAGGUAUACACUAUCUGAUGAUUUGGAAUCACAUUACGAUGGUCAGGACUCUGAAGACGUACACGAUGCCCCCCAUGUUUCUGGUGAAUCUCUUAGGAACAAAGAGCCCAAAAUAACAGUUGCCACUGAGAUUCGUACCAGUAAUCUAGCUGCUAAAUCUAUAAAUGCAGCUUCAGAAACACAAGACUCUGAAAGAGUUGAAAGUGGGAUUGGUCAUGGAUCCGUAGGGGCAUUGGAUAACAUGGAUAGAGAUGUGGGGAAUAUAGUGUGUAAAACAAGGAGUGACUCUGUGCUCUUUAUACCAGAAACAACAAAAAGAUCUGAGGUUAUUAUGAUAAUUGAUGAAUCUUCUUCAACACAGGAAAAUGAGGAUACCAUGACGCAAAUGACAUCAAGUGAAGAUUCAGAAACGCGUCAUAUGACUAUCAACGCAAAGAAAGACCCUGAAAGAGUUCCAGAUGGUGUUUGGUGCAAAUCCUCAGUAGCACUAAAUAAUAAGACAGAAAAUGUUUUCCUUGGAGAAUGCAAAAACAAGAUUGUUUCACCAACAUGCAGCACAGAAAAAACAAAUGGGUCUGAAACAAUUCCAAUCACUGAUGUUAUUCCUUUAACAUGGGGAAAUGUUGACACAUUUUCUCACCUCAAGGAAGGUGGAAGCACAAGAGAACCUGAACUUGCUGCUGCUACUCCAACAAAAUGUACAGAAAUUCAUGAUUCAGAUGAAGAUUUAAGACAGAGACAUCAAUGGAGUACUGUUCAAGUAAAAUCUGCUAUAGCUAUGGACAGAUAUUCAAAUAACAGUGAUAUGGAUAUUAGUGGAAACAUUUCCAGAAUAUAUGAAGCUCCAGGAGGUACUCGGUGCUUGGAGAAGUGGAAUAAGAGUAUUAUUAGCGAUCGAGCAGCUCUUGAUGACAUUGAACAGCCACAGGUUAGACCUGAAGAACUACAAAAAGCUGACAAGAAGUUAGUUGAUAAUUGUGGUGCAAUGGGACAAAACUCAGUUGAUCCAUGGUUAGAGUCUGAUGUUACUGAUACCUGCCUCAAACCUAUUGAAAAUCUCUUGAUUCUUGAUAGCAGGACAGAGAUCGACCAUUUUGUCAAUCAAAAAGGAGCUAUUGUUCAACUUCAAACAAAAACAGAGCCAUUGAAACCAACUGGUAGCACUGGAAGUAUACAGGGGGACAAGAUUCCAGUGUGUGUCAACCAUAUACUUGCUCAACAAUCAGAAGAGAUCCCCCAACAGGAAAAUGGAAAAUUCACCAGUUGUGUGAUCCCAGUUGCUCUGCUGGUCUCCGAGGCUAAACUCUUGGACCUCGAUGAUCAUUCCUUACAAUUUCGCAUUCCUUCCACCAUUCAGAAAUGGCUUGAGUUGCCGAAAUCACUUCCAAUUACUUUUCGUCACAAAGGAAGGCUAGACCGGAGGGUCGUAAUCCUCAAGGAUCCCAUGAAGAGGCUAUGGCCAGUCUUUUACCAUGACCACCCGAUCUUCGUAGGCUUCACCUCAGGCUGGAAAGCUUUUGCUGCAGCAAACGAUCUUCAGUCUGGCGAUGUCUGCAAGCUUGUGAAAGAGCCGGACGAAUAUGAGCCAGCAUUCCAGGUUCAAAUCACAAGAAAGUGAUGGCAAGUGCUCAGCUAUCUGGGUGUGCACCAUCUUCAGUAGAACAAAGUCUCUUAGGACUGGAGACUCGGUGCAGGCACCAAGAAACUAUUCCUUUUGGUUGCAACUUGCAACAACAGCAACAGUGCAGCUGCUGGCUGGACACCAACCAGGCUGUGUGAAAGCCGCCGUUGUAGGGGUCGCCCUGGGUUGGCUGUUCCGCUGCAUAUGUGCCUUGACUAAUGCGUGUCAAGUUCGUGUAUUGUAUACAACAAGUCUUGCUGUCGAAGACGACUGAUGGACUCCAGAAAUGUGAGAGCCGACCAUGGAACUUGUGUUGACAAAAUGUUUGGUAAAGUGUCCAAAUUCAAAUCCAUAUAUAUAUCCCUUUUGGUCCUGGAAUCUGAACUCUCGACGCUCCCAGGGCACCACGUAAACCAUGGAUCGCUUUGUCAG